UUAAAAUUAAAAGCAUUAAAAAACAACAAUUAAAAUUUUCUUUUUGCAAAUUAAAAAUUCUAUUUUUUUAAUAAAUAUAAUUUACAAUUAGGUAAAAAAAAAAAAAAGAUAUAUAUAUAAUCACUCGCGAGAAAUAUGUCAUCCGAGGAAAUAUGUUCAGCAUUAAAGUUAAUGUUGCCUUCAACAAAGAUUGAAGAGGAAAUUGCCAAAGAUGAAUUAAAAUUUCGAAUUGAUGUAAUGAAAGCUGAAAAUCAUCAUUUACAAACAAAUUACGAGAAUGAGAGGAUACAUUUAAUUAAACUUAUGAAAUGUGACGAUUACAAAAAUCAGCAGAAUUUUUUUAAAAAAGAAUUCAAAAAAUUAAUUGAUUAUUUGGACAAUUUAAAACAAGACGUUAUUGUUAUUAAAGAACAAUACAAAUUUCACGGUGAAAAAUUGUCUCUAGCAUUUCAAAAUAAUGAGGAAUUUUCUUCUCUAUUAAAAAUCGCAAAAGAAGAGGAGAAAAAAAUUAAUAAAUUUCAAUUGGAAAACAAAGCAGGAGUUGAAACUGAAACAUUGAAUGAAAUUCAUCAUCAAAUGAAUUCAAUUGAGACACAAAUUUUUUCACUUGAAAAUAUUUUAAUUGAAAAAAAAUGUAAAAAUAGUGAAUAUGAAAAUUUUAACAUCGAAUUGAAAGCAGAUGAAAAUAAAAACGACGAAAAAGAAAAAGUUAAAAUUGUCACAGAAGAAGUGAAUUGUCUAAAAAACGUGAAAGCAAAAAAACAAAUUGAACAUAAAAACGAGGAACAAAAAAUAAAAUUACAAAUUGACAAUUUUAAUUUGAAAAUUGUUGAGAGAACAAAAUAUCAAAAAAAAUUGAAAGAAUUUGAAGAAAUUUUAAAAACAAUGGAGGAACAAAAAAAAUCUAAAUUAGACGAUCGUCAAAGACGCCAAACUGAACAAACUGAAGAACUUUUGAAACUUGAAAAACCGCUAAAAAUCUCCAAGGAAAAGUUGGAAAAUUUCGAACGAAAUCACCAAGAAUUGUGUAAAAUAAAUAAUUUACAUUAUAUUAAUUUUAAAAAUGCUAAUGAAUUAAAAAUACAAGAAAUUCUCUUGGAAUGUGAAAAAAAUAAUAGUGAAAAAAAUAUAGUAGUCGAGGAAAUGGAAAAAAAUUUAGAAAAUUUACAUAAAUGUAACAAAGAAAAUUAUUGUGAAAAGCGGAAAAAAAUUGAAGAGAGGGAAAAUAUUUUUAAACUCAAUAAAGAGAAAAUUGACGAAGAUAAACGAAUUUUAGAAGAAUUGCGUCAGAAAAAAAUGGUUGUGGAAAAUAAAAUUGCCAUUGAAAUUCAAGAGAAAGAAAAGAAUUUGCAAUUGAAGGAAAAUGCAAAUACAAUGAAAAAUGAAUUAAAAAUAAAAAUUGAAGAAUUAAAUAAUGAACUCUAUCAGGAGAUGGAGAAAAUUUCAUUAUUGGAAAAUAUGAAAAAAGAUAGUUUAGAAGUUGCUCAACAUGUUGACGAUGCAUUGGAAAAUAGAAAGAAUUUAAUUGCCGAAGAAGCGGAAUUUAAAGAGGAAAUUAAGGAAAAAUUGAAAUUCAUUGAAAAUCGUAAUGUUGAAGAGACAAGAAAUUUUCAUGAUAAAACACUUGCAUUUGAAACUGAAAUUUCACAAAAUGCCAAACAAAUUGCACAGAUGAAACGUGAAAUGAAAAAACGAGACGAUAGAGAAAUGAAAAAAGAACGAUUACUUCGUGAAAAAAUUGUUAAAUUGCAAGAGGAAAUAAAAAAAAUGAAAAUUUCUAAUAUGGAGAAAAAAUCUGUAUACGAAUUUAAUGAAAUGGAGACUGAUGAUUUAUUAGAGGAGGCAAAAGCCGAGAGUCUUAAAUCAAUUUUAAAACCAUUGUCAAUGAAAAAAUUGGAAACCCCAACAUUAGAUGUGAAAUCGUCAAGAAAAGUUCAAUUUGACAUUGAAUCUGAUGAAUCAUCACUUUCACAAUUUCCAUUAACUCAAAAACAACAAUCGCCUUAAAAAAAAACCAAAAUUCCUCUUUAUUUUUCGUAUACAAUUUUUAUUUAUUUUUUUCUCUAUUUUAAAAAUUAUUUUCAUUUUACUAUAGUUUUAAUUUCAAAUAAAAAAAAAAACUAGUUUUAUAUGGAAAAAAAUCCACUACAAAAUUGUUUCUAAAUUAAAUUUAAAAAAAAAAAUUGUAUAAUUGUUCAAUGAAAAUCAAUUAAGAUUAAAAAAAAAAUAAAAAUUUCCAAUUUUAUUUUUCUUUUUU